UCUGCUAUUGUGGCUGCCAGUGUAGCGACCAGUGCCUCGGCCUCCACCUCUUCUCAAGUGUGUCACCUAGUGUGUGGCUCAACAUCCAUAUCACAGUUUGUGUCGGCCUCCACAUUGUCUAGUGUGUCACCAAGUGUCUUGGCCUCCACCUCUGCUAGUCUGUCAGCUCUUGGGUUGACCAGUGCCUCGUCCUCCAGGUCGCCCAGUGUGUCGACAAGUUUCUCUGCCUUCACCUCUGCUACCGUGUUAGGCAGUGUGUCGACCAUUAUCUUGGCUUCCACAUCGCUCAGUGUUUCGCCAAGUAUCUAUGUCCCCACCUCUGGUAGCCUGUCAGACUGUUUGUCUACAAGUGCUUCAGCCUCUACAUCGCCUAGUGUGUCGACAAGUUUCGCAGCCUCCACCUUUGCUAGCGUGUUAGGCAGUGUGUCGACAAUUGGCUUAGCCUCCACAUCGCUCAGUGUUUCGGCAAGUAUCUCUGCCCCCACCUCUUCUAGCCAGUCUGCCAGUGUUUUGACCAGUGCCUCGGCCUCUACAUCGCCCAGUUUGCCGUCAAGUGUCUCGGCCUCUCCGUCUGGUGGUCUGCCAGCCAGUGUGUCGACCCAUGCCUUGACGUUUACAUCGCCCAGUGUGUCGACAAGUGUCUCGUCCUUCACCUCCUCUAACGUGUUAGCCAAUGUGUUCACCAAUGCCUUGGCCUCCACAUCACCUAAUGAGUCGGCAAGUAUCUCGACUUCAACGUCUUCCAACUUGUCAAACACAGCUGCAACCAGUGCAUCAACCUCCACAUCGCCCAGUGUGUCGGCAGAUGCCUCGGCCUUCAUCUCUGCUAGCGCGUCAGUCAAUGUGUCGACCACUCUCUCGGCUUCCACUUCUGCUCAAGUGUGUCACCUAGUAUGUAGAUCAGCGUCCGCCUCCAAAUUGCUAGCCACAGCCUCUCCCUCUGCUAGCGUGUCAUCCAGUGUGUCUACCAGUCCCUCGACCUCCCCAUCGCCCAGUGAGUCCGCAAGUGUCUCCACCUUCAUCUCUGCUAUUGUGGCUGCCAGUGUAGCGACCAGUGCCUCGGCCUCCACCUCUUCUCAAGUGUGUCACCUAGUGUGUGGCUCAACAUCCAUAUCACAGUUUGUGUCGGCCUCCACAUUGUCUAGUGUGUCACCAAGUGUCUUGGCCUCCACCUCUGCUAGUCUGUCAGCUCUUGGGUUGACCAGUGCCUCGUCCUCCAGGUCGCCCAGUGUGUCGACAAGUUUCUCUGCCUUCACCUCUGCUACCGUGUUAGGCAGUGUGUCGACCAUUAUCUUGGCUUCCACAUCGCUCAGUGUUUCGGCAAGUAUCUAUGUCCCCACCUCUGCUAGCCUGUCAACCAGUGUGUCUACAAGUGCCUCGGUCUCCAAUUCGCCCGGUGUGUCGGCAAGUGACUCGGUCUCCACCUCCGCAAGCCUUUCAACCAGUGUGUCGACGAGUGCAUCGAUCUCCACAUCGCCCAGUGUGUCGGCAAGUGUCUCGCCCUUCCCCUCUGCUACCUUGUCAGCAAGUGUGUCGACCAGUGUCUCGGCCUCCACGUCGCCCAUUGUGUCACCAAGUUUGUCAGAGUCGCUAUCUGCUAGCGUUUCAGCGAGUCUGUCGACCAGUGCCUCGGCGUCUACAUCGCCCAGUGUGUCGGAAAGUGUCUCGGCCUCCACCUCUGCUAGCCUUUCAUCCAGUGUGUCGACGAGUACAUCGGUCUCAACAUCGCCCAGUCUGUCGCCUACUGUAUCAGCGUCGCCAUCUGCUAGUGUGUCAGCCAGUUUGUCGAUCAGUGCCUCGGCGUCUACAUCGCCCGGUGUGUCGGAAACUGUCUCGGCCUCCACCUCUGCUAGCGUGUCAACCAGUGUGUCUACAAGUGCCUUGGUCUCCAAUUCGCCCAGUGUGUCGGCAAGUGUCUCGGCCUCCACCUCCGCAAGUCUUUCUACCAGUGUGUCGACGAGUGCAUCGAUCUCCACAUCGCCCAGUGUGUCGGCAAGUGUCUCGCCCUCCACCUCUGCUAGCUUGUCAGCCAGUGUGUCGUCCAGUGUCUCGGCCUCCACGUCGCCCAGUGUGUCACCAACUGUGUCAGAGUCGCUAUCUGCUAGCGUUUCAGCGAGUGUGUCGACCAGUGCCUCGGCGUCUACAUCGCCCAGUGUGUCGGAAAGUGUCUCGGCCUCCACUUUUGCUAGCCUUUCAGCCAAUGUGUCGACGAGUGCAUCAGUCUCCACAUCGCCCAGUCUGUCGGCAACUGUGUCAGCGUCGCCAUCUGCUAACGUGUCAGCCAGUUUGUCGACCAGUGCCGUGGCUUCCACUUUGCCUAGUGUGUCAGCUAGUGUCUCGGCCUCCACCUCUGCUAGCUUGUUAGCCAGAUUUUCCUUUAGUCAAAGCAUUUCUAUAACUGCUAGUUCAAGCAUUUUACCUUCAACUCCCAGUAAGUGUUGUGUUUUUGAUGUGUUUGAUUAGACACUAUUGACCAGGUAUUUGUCACCUAUAAUUUUGCCGAAUUUGACCUGGUCGGAAUUGCAGUCGGUCUGAAAUGCAGUCGGCUGUUUUGCAUCCUACCUGUUUUCUAGGAUUCUUCUGUGUUGCGCUAAUGGCCAUCCAUUUUCCCCUUGUGGAAUAACUUGCGGUUUCGUUUAUGUUUUUGCAUUGGCUCAUGACCUUUUCUAUGGUACAUAAAUUUUUUUCCAAACUAUUUUAACAAGGGCACUGCUGGAAUGUUUGUGGAUGUCAGUAGCAUCGGCUUUUUAUCCACUAUGGUCUUAAACAAUGAUUGUCACUUAGGUAGUCAACGUUAACUCUUGGCUAAGAGCUAAUAAGUGUAACCUAAAUGUCGCUAAAGGGUACAAAGCCAAGCUGGGGUUUCCAUCAGUGCACAUAUCGUCUCUUGGACUAACAAUUGACGAGACCCUCUCCUGGUGCUAGCAUAUCAUAAAUACUUCAUAAAAGAUUUUUUCAGGAAUCGGCGCCUUGAAACGUGUGAGACCAAACAAUCAUUUACGCAUUCUCAGCUGCAAAAAGGAAUAAGACUUUAGUUGAUCCCCACUUUAUGUACUGCUGCAGUGUAUGGUAUGGUCUCAUCUACACUUUGAACGAUAAACUUCAAAAAUUACAAAACCGCGGAGCUACGGUAAUUGCCAAAUCUAGAUAUGACGCUAGUAUAGAUCCCUUUCUUGCUUUGAUGGGAUAGGAUUCAGAUAUCUAACCAAAACAAGGGGCGGCUAUCAUGUUCAAAACGCUAAAGAAGCAAAUGCCCCUCCUCCCCUCCACCCCCAUGUACGAUAUUGUCUCUGCUCGUGACAUUUUGUUUUUACAAUAUCCCUCACUCUGGGCACAUCCUGCACGUUUCCAAACCAAGCACUAACUUUCUUAAGCUCAGUUGUUUGUAUUCAGGGGCUGCCCUUUGGGAUGGACUGCCAUCAGUCAGGACUACGUAAGCCAUUAAGCCUCACAAGGUUUAAAGAUGGAAUAAAUGUUUAUCAUUCAUCAGCGUGUACUCAUACGGCAAAAACGCAGACUAGUAUUUUAGAUUUUCAUUACCUUCAAAUACUGAUUUUUAACCGUAUCUAAAUAGAGUACUUUUAUGUCUAUGUCUAUGCACCCGCAAUUGGCGAGUUAUAUUUUAACAGAAAAUCGCCACUAUAGCAGAUUGGAACAAAAAAGAUAGUUGAAGUAAUCUUAAAAUAUAGGUCUACAACAUAUUUACUUAUUCAUAUUGACAUAUUUACUAUUGUUGAGACGUUGUGCAUGGUGAAAUUGUUUAUCAACCAGCCUAAUGAAAAGUCUAGUUAAAGCCUUCAUAGAAGGAAAGCUAAAUGUCACACGAAGCACACUCACUUAAAGUGAAAAUUGCCUUUUUAUUGUGCUUUUUCUUUCUCCUUUGAAGCAAUUGCACCUGCGAGCAAUCUUAUUCCGUUUGGGCCACCGGAGAAUGAUGCUGAGCUCAUAGCGGAGCCAUCUUGUAAUGACGAAGUGAUCUGCCAAAGUAUCAGAGCGGGCCGUUUUGGAUUUGAAUUCUUCCAGAGGAGACGUUUCAGACUGAAUGUAGGUAUCGGUCUAAUUGUUAUUGCUGCCUAAAGGGCUGCAGGGGUCUUGGAUUUUGGGCCCCUCCUUUUUCUAUAUAUCCUGCUUCAAGGUUUUUACUACGUUUCCUUCUUUUGUUCAGAUUGUUCUUCAUAUUUGUAUCUAAUUUUAUACACAACUAAACAAGACACGUCUCUCUUAGUACCGGGAAAAAAAGCCAAACGGCAUCUUUGUAGCUUUCGAUAAGCUAGGGGACUGUUAAGUGCUUUAGUUGACUUGUUUUUUAAAACAGAUAAAAAAACAGACGGUUGUAACUGGAGCAAAAAGCGCACUUGUGAAACUAUUUACAAAAAGGAUAUCUUACAUUUCCGCGCGGAGAUACGAAAUUUCUUCUUGAGUCUUAAGCGAACGAGUGAAAUAUUCUCGAUUACUCAAAGAGAAUAUUCGUAUCUCCAAGCGGCCAUGUAUUGUUCUAUUUUUUAUACAAACACCAAUGAGAUACCAAACUAUUUCGCUUUGAUAUCAUUUGGCCGCGAAAGGUGCGGUUUAUUAUGUAGCCAUGGCAACGGUGAUCUUUACAAGUCUGAAGAUCAGUAUGAAGUUUUCGCGCUAAAGCUCACCUGGUAUUUCAUUAGUGGUUAUGUAACAAUACACAUUCUUUUACUUUAGAUAUUUAAACACAGUGAUGUUAAUACAAUUCCUAUCGACGCCCAAAAAUUUCAUAAUAGCUUCUUCGAAAAUCACAUACUCUUAGACAAAACUAAACCUUAUUCUAUUCAAAUCGACAUCAAUUUAUAUAACAAUUAAAUUCGCCUAAAAUAUCACUCAUGGGUAUCACUUCUCCUGCUUUGCUAGAUAUGUUUCAAUGGUAAAAUCCAGUUUAACGAAAGAUGGAGUGUGCGGUGGCCCCAGAAGUUUGGUAUUUACAGAUGGCUUCGUUCAAAUGCAUUCAUUGCACCAUUCUGGGCCAGGGUGGAACAUAGAGCAUUUAACACAGGAAUUUCCAAGGUUUAUUAUCACGCUUACGAGCAAAGCAACCAGAAAACGGAUCAAAUAAGUAACAUACUCCGUCUGGCCUCACGUUAUGUUCAGAAUUACACUAACGAUGAAAAAUUUAGAAACUUUGAAGCCACUUGGGUUCUGGUCGUCACUUGGGUAAAUGUCUGCCCUUACGACGAAUGUACAGAACGUUGUAGUUUGGUAAGUUAUGAUUUUCACAUUAAUUACAUUUUUCAGACCUUUUUCUUACGCACUGUCAUUCUUUGGGACAAACGCUAGCUUUUGGGUCGGUGGUUUGACCGUUUUUCAUGCCUAUUUUAGAUGCUCCAAACAGUAAGCUCUUUAAUUCAGCAACUUUAGAUUGAUGAUUAGUUUUCGAAUACACCUUGUCACGGUUUUCGUAUAAGAAUCUAAUGUCGAAUAAUUUCCGUAAAACGGCUUUUCUGAAAAAAAUAUGAAUUUUUUAACGAAAGAUUCACUCCUAACGGUCCUACCGAUAAACAUUGAGGGUGUUAUAUGCAGCUGCUUGCUCUAGAACAACUUUGUAUUCUUUUUUGUCUCUAAACAUUUUUCUUCCUUUGGACUAACAUUUCCCGGGAAAAACUGCAGGCAAAUACAUAGAAAAUCUAAUACAAGCGUCUGGAGAAAUUUAAGCACAUUUACGACCCCAAAAUUUGUUAGUACAAUCCUUUGCUGUAGCUUUAGUUUACAGUUCAGUUUUUUUUUUCAGAACAGCUGUUUUACUCAAAUUAUUCGACAUUACAUUCUCCUCAUACAAACACUGUAAUUUCUCACGCGGUUACCUACUCGUCAAGAUGGCUUUCAAAACCGUGACAAGAACUUUAAAACUUCGCUCGCUGUACUACAUUAAUAUUGAUUGAUUGAUUUGUUAGUCAUGUACUAGCCCGCGAAUAGCGCCGUCUCUCCUUGUUCUUUCGUCGCUGCGGAUAUGUUCCGCGCACGAAGAACUAGCGUCUUCGCCAUUUUCUAUACCAGGUGUUGGAUCUAUUUUAUUGGCGGGAAAAUGGUAACGUGAGAAACAAGACAAACUUAGUUGAAUGGGAAGCGCUUGUUGAUUGGGUGGGGAUUAAGUGCACUAUUUUGAAAGACAUUUUUUGCCACAAUUCUUUUCGACCUUAUGCCUUCGUUUGGUGAACAUAGAGACUUCAGAUUGCCAUGUUUUUUGGGUGGAAUGAUUGGCGAGAUUAAAAUAGCGACCACGUCUUAGAAGUUUUUUUUAUUAUUAUUUUUCAAAUAUCCUCAACAUAUUUCCAACAUGAUCGUGGAAACAGUGACAAGAUCCUUGUCCCGUUUCGCCCAUAACUGGCAGGGGGAGUAGCGUGCAGGUCAUGCAAUUGACGGCUUGUGUUAAAAUUCAUCCCCAGUUUCAUUUCAGUUUCAGAAUGGCAUUUACUAGAUAAUUCGUCUUAUAAUUUGUGACUAUACCUUCCAGUUUUUUUUUAAAUAAAGUAUUCCGGGGGGGGGGGGGGGGGGAGGAUACUCAACAAAGAUUUAUACAGGAAGGCUCCGCCCUGAGGUCCAAACCUUACCUUUCAAUAUUCUAUUUUUGACAACAAAGGUGCCCCUUUCUUAUACUGUAAUAACCCGCAACUAAGAACCUGUUUUUUAAGAACAUGUUAGACUAAAAGUCGUCAAUUAGUCCCUCUCCAUACCAGAACCUGUUUAGCCUAAAUUUGAAACAGGUUUUUAUUUUCUAAAAUCUAUAUCAAAAAAAAUUCUGCACGCUUGGGAAAAUAAGAUAAGUCAACAUUCAGAGUCCUCUUUGGAGACAUAAAUGUCCUGAUGAUCACUCCCACUACAAUGUAUUGGAUGCAGACUUCAUAUAAGCAAUAAACUGAAUAUAAGACUAAAUACUCUUAGCCUCAACGUGCUUUUUCUUCAGAAAAUAAGAAGCAAUUUAAGAACCUACAUGGCCUAAAUUUGUUCUAAUUACCAUUUAUGUAAGAACCUGCUUAUGCUAACUUGGGAAAAUGCGGUUAUUAAUCGUACUUACUGUCGUUAUUAGUCGUUUUUAGUAUAUACUAAAACAGUGGAUAGUGUUUUUCGCGCUCUCUGAUUGGCUACUCAAUCAGUGAAUAUCCUGCACUAUUCACUGAUUCACCUCCAGUUCCUCCGAGCGAACGACGCCAAACUCGCGUAAGUUGCAAGCAAAAUGCCUUCCCGGUUUGCUGCCGUAAACAAACAAAGAAAUUUCACAACUAAUCAAGAAAGCUGUUUCCGAAAUACACGAGGAAGGUGACGAAGUUCGGAUCGGAAGUUUUAACAGGUAAAGCUUUGUCUUUUUGACACGAAUUUAUCGAUAAAACCGGUGAAAAAGUUUUUUGUUUACAAAUGCAAAUUAAGCUUAAGUCUUGCUUACUUUAUUCAGUUGAGUUGUUCAUAAAUAAGCUUAAAACUAAAUUUGAUAAUCUUUUUUUAUAGAAUGAUUUUAAAUACAAAAAGAAUUCACAACUCCUU